AUGUCAUCGGAAGACUACCGCCCGUCGUUAGACGACCCGAAUGCCUGGGUUCCAUAUCGAUACCACCCAAGCCUCGCCGCCGCUAUCGCAUUCACUGUAGUCUUCGGGCUUGUGACUCUAGCUCAAGGGGCCCUCACAAGUGUUCGUCGCGUGUGGUACUUCACACCCUUUACGAUUGGCGGCAUUUUCGAGAUCAUAGGCUACAUCGGUCGAACCAUAUCAACGAACGACCUCUGGGCUUUGGGUCCAUACAUUGUCCAGAGUAUUCUCCUUCUCAUCGCGCCUGCUUUCUUCGCGGCGGCGAUAUACAUCGUCCUGGGUCGGAUCAUACGCUUCGUUGAUGGGGAGAGGCACUCCUUGAUUCGGCUCAAAUGGUUGACUAAGAUCUUCGUUACGGGGGAUGUGGCUGCAUUCUUACUUCAGAUGGCUGGUGGUGGCAUCCAAGCAGGCGGAACUCUCAGCCUAAUGCACCUAGGAGAAAAGAUCAUCAUCGUGGGCCUCUUCGCACAAGUCGUAUUCUUCGGGCUUUUCGUCGUCGUCGCAUCCUUAUUCCACUACCGCUUUACGCGCCACGACGCCUCCCAACUUUCGCGAGUCCGCGACUCAGCUUGGCGUAGACAUAUCCACGCACUUUAUUGGGGCUCGGGACUCAUCAUGUUUCGUUCAAUCUUCCGCGUGGUGGAAUACCUGAUGGGCAACAACGGCUUUCUUUUGCGGCACGAGUACUUUCUGUACAUCUUCGAUGCGGUGCCGAUGUUCCUUCUGAUGGUGCUGUUCCUCAUCAUCCACCCGAGCCAGCUGACGGCACUGGAGGCCGGCAGUGCUGGGGAGUCAGCCGGGAACGAGGCGCGCGGCCGAAAGUGGUAUUUUAGUAAGAGCAGGGGACCGCGAUACACGCGGCCGGCUUUAGAUGCAUCUGUUAUGGAGCUGCACAAAACAGGAGGGAGCACAGCAUAUAGUCCCUCGACUUGA